GCAGCGUGCUGUAUGAUCUACGCAUGCGUCCAAACUGGCGGCACGCUCAGAUGUUUGAGAAACUAUAUUUUGUUCGCAGUCAUGUCCUAAUCAGUAUUUAGGAAGCGGAUGCAGCCAUGCCGAGCGAAAACGGUGUUCCCCACGAGAACUACGGAAGAGGGGCUUCGUCUUGUUUCGGACAGUAUAAAUUUACAGCUGAAGAAUACCAGGCUGUUCAGAAUGCCCUGAAACAGAAACUGGGACCAGAGUACAUCAGUACACGACAAGCAGGGGGAGGACAGAAGGUUUGCUAUAUUGAAGGUCACAAAGUAAUAGGUUUGGCCAAUGAGUUGUUUGGAUAUAAUGGAUGGUCACAUUCGAUUACACAACAAAAUGUUGAUUUUGUUGAUCUUGUUAAUGGAAAGUUCUAUGUUGGGGUUAGUGCUUUUGUGAAAGUGCAGCUCAAGGAUGGGUCUUUCCAUGAAGAUGUAGGGUAUGGAGUAAGCGAGGGAUUGAAGUCUAAAGCUUUAUCUUUAGAAAAAGCCAGAAAGGAAGCUGUUACUGAUGGACUGAAGAGAGCUCUGAAGUGCUUUGGAAAUGCUCUUGGAAACUGCAUUCUCAACAAAGAAUAUCUUAUGGCAAUCAACAAAGUUCCAAAACAGACAUCUGCGCCCUUAAACCCUGAUGAAACAAAACGUGAAGAUGCUGAACCUCAAGUAGAGAAGGCUCGUUUUAAUAGCUUACUUCAAGCUGAAAACCAGCAAGCUCUUAUGUUGGAUAUCAAUUGGGCCAUGCACAAGCAGCAAGGUCAACAUGCAAAACUGAUGGAGGGCAGCUGCUCAUACAGAAGUCUUAAUGAGGACAAACAGCACAGUUUUACCCGGUCAUCUGAGCAAACAUUUGCCACAAGUUUGGAGACCGACCCUAAGCAGCAGAGAAAAAUGAGGCAGCAGCAACUACAGCAACAGUUUAGACAACAGAUGGCUGCAAAAAAAGUUCAGGAGGAGCAACCGCCACAACAAGAGCCUUUAUCAGAUGCACCAGUUCCCAUUUCUGAGCAGAAAAUACUUAAUCAAAACAACAGAGUUCAUCACAGUACGCCUUGUCAUUCCCCUAAGAAGAAAUUGGAUGAUGAAUAUCUAGCAGAUGACCCUGAAAUGUGGGAUUCGCCCCUGGAUGGAAUUGAUAACUUCAGUCUGAACAAUGCUUCAACAACUCCUUUCAGCACCCACCGUAUGAUGACCAGAAGCAAAACUCCACAAAGAGAGCAAUCCAUGCGGCCACCAAUCAGACCUGGAAGUGGACAUCCUAUCUAUGAACAGAAAACUCGACAGCAGCCUGAAUAUCAGCCAAACUCAGCACAAUAUGGUAGUCCUCACAGACAUGCCCACCAUCUCAAGAAGAGAAAACUUGAGCCGUCGUAAGCAUAAUUUUUAGCAAUAUUUUCAAAACCUACUUUAUAAGACAUUUUUAUUCAUUGUAUUUGGUUGCUUUUGAAGAAAAACAAAAUAUCAUUUAUUUAUUAUUUAACCUUUCUUAAAAAAUAUCGCUCUGUGUUCAGACAUUUAAUAUCAUGACAAUACAGCAAUGAGACCCUUGUAGUCUGCUUACAUUGGCCGUAUUACUUUGCCUGAUACUCUUAAUAGAAAUUUAAAGACUGGAAGCUUUGCAGUUUCCUCUUAAUUUUUUUUUUUUUAAUUUACAUAAAUAAGCUAUUUUAUCAGUGUUAUUGUUGGAUUCAUAUUUUUAAAUUUGUAUGCCCUCGGGUGUAUUGGAUUUGUUGAAUAUAGUUGUUUUUAAUUUUGUGUAAUGUUAUUAAAGAAAUCUACUUUUUUUAUUAGUGUAUACUCCUUUAUUUAUUUAUAU